AGUGCUUCCUGGCGCGGGGCUGCGGAGGGAGGCUCGGACGUCCCUGUUUGCUGACAGGAUCCUAUCCCGGGGCUUGGGGCUCGGUGGGGGGACGCUCGGCUCAGCACGCAGCGCUGGCAGACGGGAGCAGGCGGCGGGCGGCGAUGGCGGAGGGCACGGAGCUGGAGUGGGCCAUCCAGGUGCUGGUGAAGAACUUCGACAAGUACUCGAGCCGCUGCUGCUGCUGCCGCAAGCCCCGGCGCAUCAGCAAGAAGGAUUUCCGCAAGAUGCUGAGCUGCGAGCUCAACCACAUGCUGACGGACACCGGGAACAAGCGGGCGGCCGACAAGCUCAUCUGCGACCUGGAUGAGAACAAGGACGGGCGCAUCAGCUUCGAGGAGUACUGGACCUUGAUAGGCGGCAUCGCCAGCCCCAUCGCCCACAUCAUCCGUCAGCAGGAGCAGAGCGUCAAGCACACCAAGUAGCCGCCGGCGCCGCGGCGCUGCCCGGCCCCCGGUGCCCUUCCUGCUGCUGGCCGCAUCCUCGCCGCGCUCCCUGGCACGGCGCGGCGCAGCACAGCAUGGUGUGGCGGCCCCCCCCCCCAACCUAGGACACGAGCGCUGCGCGGCCUCAGAGCCCCCCGUCCUCCCCGCCCUGCUCCCCUCGGGAGGCUUUAGCCCCUUCCCGGCUCCCUGGGAAAACGGCGCCUUUCCCUCCCGCCCGCGGCACCCCGGGCUCCGCGCCCGGCGCUGCCGCUUGCCUCGUUAUUUAUUGCAGCAAUAAAGCGUGGAGGAGCA